UGUGUGUGUGUGUUGACGGUCUACACGUUGUUUUUCUUUUACCUGACCGUAAUCAUUUAAUUUCAAUUUUGAAAAAUAAAUUUUUCUGAAAAAUGAAAACGAUACAAGCCAGUCAGAUUGUUACGAUUCCCGAAAAUGUUAAUGUUUCGGUCAAAAAUCGUAUUGUUCGUGUCAAAGGACCACGUGGCAUAUUAAUACGACAAUUUAAACAACAAUUGGACAUUGCAAUGGUUGGAAAGAAAAAACUUCGUGUCCAAAAAUGGUUUGGUAAUCGUAAAGAAUUGGCCACCGUUCGAACAAUUUGUUCACAUAUCGAAAAUAUGAUUGUCGGUGUUACCAAAGGUUAUCUUUAUAAGAUGCGUACGGUUUAUGCCCAUUUUCCCAUCAAUGUUACGACAAGUGAAAAGAAUUCUGUUGUAGAAAUUCGAAAUUUUUUGGGUGAAAAAUAUAUCCGUCGUGUGGAAAUGGCAUCUGGUGUUACAUGCGUUAAUUCAACAGCACAAAAAGAUGAAUUGAUUCUCGAAGGAAACGAUAUUGAAGCCGUUUCAAGAUCAGCUGCAUUGAUCCAUCAAUCAACAUUGGUAAAAAACAAAGAUAUUCGUAAAUUUUUGGAUGGUAUCUAUGUUUCUGAAAAGACUAAUGUUGUCGUUGAAUAAUAAUAGACCACAUUUGAUUCAAUGGAUUUUUUAUUUUGAAUUAAUUAA